AUGAAGCCUGUCAUGGCGCCUCUCUCCGACGGGUUGUCUUACUCAUCCAGCGAAACAUCCCUCCCAGACAUGGAGGAGCUGACCACCAUCGCUAGAAGACCGAGAGCUGACUUAUCUGCAAAGUGGUCAGAGGGCUCACGGGUGAUGAAGGGAACUUUGACGGCCCUUCUCGACGACCUCCGCCGCAAUCUAGCUGCUGAUCUUAACUCCUUCAAGGCGGAGAUUAGCGGAGUGUCGAGGCGCCUCCAUGAUGCAGAGAUAACCACGGCCGCUCAUGAGACCCGCCUAAAUAACAUGGAACAAGAGAUAUGUGAAAUGUGA